AAGAAGGAAAAGCUAUUAAUAGCUCGUGCAAUUCUCGAAAACUAUCACAAGUGGUGCAUCAGCUCGUGGCGCGGAAGGAUUGUGAUCGGCACGAGUGGACGCGUAAUAUUUAACGCUAGAAGUUUAUGCUCUUCGUUAGACAUAUUAUUGGAGUCGCUUCCCUUAUGGAUUAUUAUAUGAUGAAACUAUCACCGGAGGGACGCAUACGGGCUUGUGUUGCUCCCCUUUGCGUGGACUGAAAUGGAUACACCUCACUUUGCCCAUUUGACAAUGCUCACAUUUGGAAUCGCCUGACCUGGAUUAGAUCAAUCUAAAUAUUUUCUCUGCUGGAUGAUUGAAUACUUAUUGAAAACGCCCAUCUCUGCCCUGUGUAUUAUCCUGCAGCUCCAGAGCGAGCGUGCCUUUUGAGUGGAACCUAUUUGUCAGCCCUAGUCUUUGGUUAAUAAUACUGAUGUAAGAUCACGACAUGCCCAGCGCCAACGAGUCCAACGUUGGAGCAUUAUGACUAUGACGGCGAACUGGGUGGCGAACGGGGCAAGCCUUGAGGACUGCCACUCCAACAUCUUCUCUUUGGCGGAGUUGACUGGCAUUAAAUGGCGCUGCUACAGUUUUCGCGGAGGGGGCGAGUAUGGGCCUGUGAUCUCGGCUCCGGCCCAGGACGACCCGAUUCUGCGGAGCUUCAUGCGCUGUGUCCAGAACAACCUGCUGUGUGUGUGGAGACGCAAGAUCAAGCCAGAUGCCAAGGAGCUGUGGAUCUUCUGGUGGGGAGAGGAGCCCAAUCUCUCAGACGUCAUCCAUCAUGAGCUACAAGUGGCUGAAGAGGGACUCUGGGAGUGCGGACUGUCCUAUGAGUGCCGGACCCUCCUGUUCAAGGCCAUACACAACCUGCUGGAAAGAUGUUUAAUGGAUAAGGGCUUUGUCAGGAUUGGGAAGUGGUUCUUCAAACCACAUGAACUGGAAGAAAAGCCUGUGGGCAACAGUGAACACCUGUCCUGCUCCUUUUCCUUCUUCCUCCACGGUGAAAGUAAUGUGUGCACAAGCGUGGAGAUCGCCCAGCAUCAGCCUGCCUACCACAUCAACGAACACCACAUACGACUGGCUCAAACCUGCAGUACACCAGUACAAGUAAUCCUAAGUCCAUAUGGUCUGAGAGGCAUUUUGACAGGUCAGGCCUUCAAGAUGAGUGACCCAGCAGCCCGCAAACUGAUGGAGGAGUGGAGCUACUUCUACCCCACGGUGCUCCAGAAGAAAGAAUGUGACAAGGAGAAAGAUCCAGCUUAUGAUCGCAAUGAUCACAUGGCAGUGGAGGUCAUUGUAGGUGGUGUGAGGAUGACAUACCCUGCAGCCUUUGUGCUCAUAGCCCAGGGGGACAUCCCAGUGGGGCAGCCCCCACCUGCUCCUUCAGCUCCAGGACUGAUGAGGGAGCCCAACCACUGCAGCGUCCCCCUCACACCCCCCACAUCCCCAGAGCAGCCCUGUUCAGCGGACAGUGGUUUUAUGACCUCUGUGUCUAGUGUCCCCACGCCUGACAUCAACAUGGGGGUCACAAAUAUGAGCCCAAAGCAUUCUGGGAAAAAGAUAACCUGUCAGGUGGUUCAUCAAGCCUGGAGGGAGUGUUACCUUAAUCAACCCCAACAAAAUCAACCAACUGAGGUGAUGCCUAAGAAAGAGAUGCAGAGUGGAGCAACCACAUGGGACUUUAGUGAUCUGGGGACAAGGACUGCCUGCCGCUGUUCUAGGAUCAAGCCCCUAAAGUCCAAUGUCACCAGCACAUCCACUGCCAACAACCACACGUGCAACCCUGCUCAGUCAUCUGGCCUGUAUACUCCCUCUACUCCCAAACACAAGACAAGUGACAAGUCAGAGAAGGCUGAUAAGCAGUCUAAGAGGGCAGCCAUGAUCCCAUUUCACCUGCGCGUGUCUGCUGCACAGGAGGGAUCUACAGAGCAGGACUCCUCCACAACUCCUUCUUUAGGGAGUUUAGUACCUCUGGAGCCCCCUUUAGAGCCUUUAGCCCCUCUUCCAACCUGCAAGUAUUCCAAACCACUGUCCAAUAACAGGAAAGUCCCAGAAUCCCUACUUCACUCUCCUGUCUCUCCUCUUCCGCCAACACUAAGCCCUCACCCAAGGGUGCUGGAGCCGGACUUACUGGACGGGCCGGUGGAUAUUGGUGUUUGUUCAGAUGGGGCUAUGGGGAUGAUCACCAGUGAGACAGCAGCAUACAGCGCUUUGCUGAGACAGAGGGAGAGCGGGGCUGACUGGUGGAGGGGAUUCAGGACUCCCAAGAUGGAUAAAACUGAUUUCAAACCUCCAGACCUUCCCCCUGACAUACUGGAGGAUAUGCAGUCAGAGAUGGUAACUGAGACAACUCCAUUAAAAAGACUUUAUACUCAGACUUGCCAAAGUUUUAAGAUCUCAGAAGAGAGAGUGAAAGAACACAUCCAGGCUUUAGGCCUGUACGAGGUGACAGGUGUGGAGGCACUGCGGGAGCCGGGAGAUGAUCCCUAUGACUUUAAAGAAGGCGACAUUGAGUACACUUUCUCCUCCUCCAAAAGAGUAAAAGGUCAAGGACGAGAGCCCAGUAAGAGGGCCAAGGGGGAAGAACUAACCAACGGAGAUUCACUUUCUGAAGGAAAGGAUGCUAUGUCCAUAUUCAGCUCAGCUCAGGUUGAGACAGAAGAAUCAGGGCAGGAUGACGCAGCAGCAAAAUCAAAUCCUUCUCUGACUAGAAAGGAAGAUCUGGCUGUCAACAUAUCAGAUUUAGACAACAUAUUUGAUGAGGAUGAUGAAGAACUUGGGGGCGUUUACCCUAACCAGCAUUCCACCAAGCUCCCACUUUCAACAGAAGACCGCCCUCUAGCGAAAGAAGGCAGAGUUGCAGUCCCCUAUCCAUCAACAGUAGCAGACCUCCAGCGAAUGUUCCCUACUCCACCCUCACUAGAGCAGCACCCAGCAUUUUCACCUAUUAUGACAUACAGGGACACUCCGAGUCAGGAGCCCCCUGCUCAGAGUGGACCUGGAGAACAUCUCCCCUUAGUGCCAACUCCACAGAUCUCUGAACACCGCACAGACACCAGUGAGAGGAUGAUGAGUCCAAGGCAUGAAGACAUCAAGCCCAUCUUCAGCUGCUCUAUGUUUGCUCCGCUGUCUUGUCUCCCAAGUCAGACUCUUCCUCUAAUAAAACUUCCAGAGCAGUGUUACUACAGGCCGUCCUGGAUGCUCAUGCCCAAAAUGGAGCAUUACACUCCAGUAAUGCUUACUCCGGUGACCACAUACCUCAAAGAUGGAUACAAUAAUGUUCCAAGUGUGAACACCCUAACAGACCAGGAGUACAAUCAGAUGAGUGUCACCACUGCCUCUGUGGGCACCACGGUUGGCAUCCUCCCCUCUCCUGCUACGCCUCGCUUCUCUGUUCCAACCCCUCGCACCCCUCGUACGCCCCGGGGCAUCACCACCGCCAGCUCAGGACAGGGCUCUGUGAAGCAGGACGGCACAGAGCUGAGUUCUCCUAUAUCCACCCCCUCUACCAGCAUACCUCUGAGCUCUGUGGAGCCUCUAGCCAGGAUCGGACCAGCCCUACCUGAGGCCCACAGUCUGUACUUCAUCCUUUUGCUCUCUGACUCAGUUCUCAAUGUCUUCAAGGACCGUAACUUUGACAGCUGUUGUAUCUGCGCCUGCAACCUAAAUGUAAAAGGCGCAGAUGUCGGAGUGUACAUCCCAGACUCCACGUGUGAGGACCAGUAUCGCUGUAUGUGUGGUUUCAGCGCCAUCGUGAACAGGCGGCUCGCACAAGGAUCAGGACUCUUUCUGGAGGAUGAGCUGGAUAUCUUUGGCCGAACAUCUGAGGUGGGACGAGCUGCAGAGAGGAGGCUAGCUCUGUGUCGAAGGGAUCCAUUGUUGGGUGACCCUGGGUCUAAACAGGGGCAAGAUGCAUCUCCUGCCUCUCCUGCAGUUAUGACACUUCUUCAAGAGCAAUGUUCACAGCCCAUUUCUUCUCUCGCUUCACUGCAAAUGCCAUUGAACUGCUUAUGCCAUGGCCGCAAAGGUGCGCUGCUCCAAAGCUGGAUGUCAGAGAAGCAGUGGGCAGAUGAGAGUGAUGCAUGUGCAGAGUGUAACAGUGCUUUGGAGCAGGGACUGCAGUAUGUUGACAAUCCAGCAGGAAGUAAAUUGGACCAGGCUGUAAUUAGGAGUACAGCGCUGCACCCCUGGCCUCACACAAAUGUUGUGGAGAUGAGCUUAUUAUCAUCCCAGGAUAUGGUGCGAAUGCUCCUUUCCCUCCAGCCUUUUCUACAAGACGCUAUCCAGAAGAAAAGGACAGGGCGGACAUGGGACAACAUACAGCACGUUCAGGGCCCCCUGACCUGGCAACAGUUUCAUAAAAUGGCAGGCAGAGGAUCCUAUGGUUCUGAAGAAUCUCCAGAGCCCCUUCCUAUACCAACAUUAUUACUGGGCUAUGAUCGAGAGCGGGACUUUUUGGCACUGUCACCUCUAGCUUUACCAUUCUGGGAGAAGUUACUGUUGGAACCAUACGGAGGACAAAGAGAUGUAGCUUUUGUGGUUCUGUGUCCCAAUAGCCCCCCUCUGCUGUCUGCUGCUCGCACAUUCUUCCAAGAACUCAGUACUGUCUAUGAGACAUGCCGGCUUGGGAAGCACCGUCCUCUGGCCAAAGUAUCCAAAGAUGGGAUUGUGCAAGUGGGUGAAGAUAUCAAAAGCGACACGCUGGAGGACCUGGCAGUGGGCCAGUGGCUGGCAGGCCCAUGGACUGGGCAGCAGCAUGCAGACAACAUCAGUAAACUGAAACUGUAUGCUUAUGCAUGUAAACAGAUAUUAGGUCCACAGCUGUCAGCACUUUCUUUAGAUGGAAAUCUUCUUCUUCCACCUAAAAUGCAACCUCCAGUACAGAAUACAUCUUCAAAUCAGUCCUCAGACGAGGCCAAAAAUUGGUCUGCUGAGAACGAGCAGAGUUCAGGGACUGCUGGCUCUGGCAAUGCUCCUACACCAACUGGAUCCAUCUCAGGUCAAUCUAUAGAAACAAGUCAAGGAACAUCGAGUGAUUUUAAGGGAGCUUCAAAUGUUACACAGCCCAACCCAUCAACAGAAACCCCAGAACUAACAUCUGAGCAAUCCAGAAUUGGAAUCCCCACUGUGCCAGAGUCAGCUGAUAGUCACAUAAACCCACCAGCUAUUGCAGUUUAUAUCAUCAAUCCAUUUUUCACUUCAAAUGGAGCCAAAUGUGAUGGAGGAGAGGAAGACGAGGGUGAAGAGGUUGAGACAGGCAGCAUCUGGCUGCUGGGGCUUUUACGGUGCUACUCCGAGAUGCUUCAGACCUUAUCUGACACAAUAAGACCAGCAUUGUUACUGCAGGUGGUCCCAUGUCAGCAUCUUCUGCAACCAGCAAGUGGUGAGAGUCACUUAUACCUGCAGCAGCUCAGAUCCCUGGCCUUUUCAUGUUACUCUCAGUGUAAACGAAUGUUUCCCCAACAAACACUCAUUAAGUCACUCACUGGUUUUGGACCAGCAUCCUCUGCCAACUCAGUGCUUAAGAAUCCAGAGCAUCCAAGCCCUUUGGAGCUGUAUUCUCCUCCAUUCAUUCUUGGUCCCACUCGGCCUAAGCAAGCAGAACCUGGGGAGAUUUGGGCAGAGCUUCCACCCAAAUUUAAUGUGCUCUUUGUUGGGUACUGCCUGUCACAUGACCAGCGAUGGAUCCUUGUGUCUUGUACUGACCAGCAGGGGGAGCUGUUGGAGACUUGUAUUAUCAACAUUGAUGUACCAAACAGAGCACGCCGACCAAAAUUCUCAGCUAGAAAAAUGGGGCUACAAAAGCUCUGGGAGUGGUGUAUUGGUGUUAUUCAGAUGACGUCGUUGCCAUGGAGAAUUGUUAUUGGUCGACUAGGCCGUCUAGGACAUGGAGAACUAAAAGACUGGAGCUCUCUACUUGGGGAGCAUUCUCUCCUGUCAAUAAGCAGAAAGCUGAGAGAGUCCUGUCGGAUGUGUGGUAUGUCUGCGGCUGACUCACCCUCUAUACUUAGCGCCUGCCUGGUGGCCAUGGAGCCUCAGGGAUCCUUUGUCAUCAUGCCUGAUGCUGUUACAAUGGGGUCCGUAUUUGGUCGCAGCACUGCUCUGAACCUGCAGACCUCUCAGCUCAACACUCCUCAGGAUGCUUCUUGCACGCACAUCCUAGUCUUCCCAACAUCUGCCACCACUCAGUUGGCUCCCAGCUCCUACCCCACUGAGGACAAUAACGAUGACAUGUUUGAUCUACCUUUUCCUGAUGAACUGGAGAAUGACAUUGGCCAUGACAUGAUGCUGAUCACAGGAAACCUGCACCCUUCCCCCAACACCUCCCCAGUGCCCUCGCCAGGCUCUCCAUCAGGGAUGGGAAUGGGAUCACAUUUCCAGCACAACAGGACCCAGAGUGAGCGGUUAAUGUCCCGGGACAGUCCACCAGAGGAGUUGAAGCAGCAGCCCCUGGCUCUUGGCUACUAUGUGUCUACGGCUCAAGCAAAUGGACUGCCUCACUGGUUCUGGGCAUCCUGUCCACAGGCAGAGAACCAAUGCCCUCUCUUCCUCAAGGCCUCCCUUCAUCACCACAUCUCCAUAGCUCAGACAGAUGAGCUGAUAUCAGACAAGACCAAGAGGAGCCCUCACCCCCUCGACUCAAAGACCACCUCUGAUGUGCUCAGGUUUGUUUUGGAACAGUACAAUGCUCUCUCUUGGCUCACAUGCACUCCAGCCACUCAAGAUCGCCAGUCCUGCUUGCCGGUCCACUUAGCAGUACUUAUCCAGAUGUACAAUGCCAUUUUAAACAUGCUAUAGCAGUGAGGUACAGAGGACAGGAUCACUGAACUGCUGGAAACAUCUUUGCUCUAGCCUGGGCUUGUCCUCCCCCUUAUUGGGCACCAGAGGGCACCAGAGCACUUUUGUUGAUCGUUAAAUCAAAGGAAGAUAUGGAAAGAUGAACUCACCCUGCCCUGGAAUGUAAUUAAGGAGAUGAAUGAAGUGCUCUAAACAGCAGCCCUGGUUAUCUGAGGCAUGAAAAUGGAGUAUUAUGGUUCUCUCAUCAACACAGACUGCUAGACUGAAAAAAGUUUACCAUCUAUGCCCAUUUGAUGCCAUCCCACGGCUGUAUGAAAACAACAGUGCUCUGUAACUUUAUUUCAUACUGUGUUCCAGUAAACUGUAGAUGUUCAGCAAGGACUUCUCCAAAUCCUCUGGACAUGUUUACGCUCCUUUUGUACAACCAGCAAAGAGCAUCAAAACACAGCUUUGUAUCAACUUCUUUUUACGUUUUGUACAUAUAUGCACUGUUGAUCCUCCUGGACUUGGUAUAAAUGAAACCCUACCUUUACUCUGAAAGGGACUUUAACUUAUUCAUAUUCACUCCAAAAAGGAGUGUUUCAUAAUGGCACUUUUUCUUUUGCCCCCAAAGUGUGAAAAACACAAUGGGAAUAUCUGACUAGUUCUGUCAGAUGUGUUUAUAUUGUACAAAAUAUAUUUACAAACAUAUAUUUGCAGCUGAGACUUAUUUUUAAUAUUUAAAUCCAGCAAAUUAAGGCCUUGUCAAUUAAUGCAAAAAUAAUCUGAAAUGAAAUUUGUCAUUUAGAUGAAAUUGUAAAAAUGCCAUAUUUUUACAGUAUGUAUGAUGUCAUAGAAUUUGAUUUAUAUGUAUAUAAACUUAACUAUAUGUUUAUUACCUCUUCCAUGCUGGCACUGAUUUGAGUGUUGGGCAUAGCCAUCUUUUACACAUGUCGCAGUAAGAACAGAUUGCCAGUGGAAAUUGAUAAUAGUUAUAUUUUUGAUGCAGACAUUGAAAAUGUCACUUGAAAGUAAAAAAACAAUAACUAAAACUCACAAUCAGAGGAAUACAGUAAAGUGUAUAUUUAUAGUGUAAUACUCUACCACUUGAAGUAGGCAAUACACAACAAUGGUAUUUCACCUUUGUAAAAUGGCUUUAUUUCAUUGGCUCUUGAAUGAUGUCAAAUCUCUCUAUAGACUGACUCCUGCAUGUUUGUAGAUACACUCCAUUGCUGAGGUCAUGGCAUUCCUCAAAGCUGUACAUUUCAUGCUGGUUCACUUUCUUAUAUUAUAUGUUGAAUUUAUUUUUGUUGUAUUUUUAUACAUCAAGCAAUUUUAUUUUAAUACAACCAUGUGGUAAUUUGCCAAGUGCAGUGUUCAUGUAAUGUACAGACAAUGGCAGGUUUGCAAAAAAUAUUUGUUACAUUUGUCAUUACUUUGAAUAUUAAGCAGAGCCCUCUAGUUGGAGAGGCCUAUGACUUUUACACUCUUUUUAGUAAAUUAUUUAAACAAGUGGA